AUGGGUUGGGCCAUUACAAGCAGUGAAGUAGCCCACUUCAAGAAAAUUGGACCCGGAGCAGGAGGCUUCGGUUUGGUGUACCUGGUGAGUCUUCUCUUGAAGCAUUGGCUUUUACAGAGGGAGAGAGAGACUUCGUCCGCGACUUGUCCGGUGCUAUCCAUUUUCAACAAAAAGCUCGAAGACCCACCUACAGAACCUCUAGGGUUUCUCUGGGCUACAAACAUGGCGUCCCACACGCUCUCAGCUCUCCCAAUUACAUCCUCUAUAUCGCAGACUUCUCACGGUAACUGUGGUGCUUCUUCUGCUAUUCUCCCAUGGCGUCUCAAUCUUCAUAACCUUUCGAGCUCUUUCGUUGGCUGUAAGCUCAAAAUUGGACCCUCGAGUUCCAGCCAUUUGGCUUCGAAGCAUCGGCCUGCGGUGGCUACGGUACUGUUCAGCCUCCCUACUGCGAAACCAGAGAAAGAUUCAUCUGCGAAAAUCACGAAAUGGUCUGCAAGGGCGAUAAAGUCGUUUGCUAUGGCGGAGUUGGAAGCAAGGAAGCUCAAGUACCCAAAUACUGGGACUGAAGCUCUACUAAUGGGGAUAUUGGUUGAAGGAACCAGCAUAGCUGCAAAGUUUCUGAGAGCUAAUGGAAUCACCCUUUUCAAGGUGCGAGAAGAAACUGUUAACCUACUUGGAAAAUCUGAUAUGUACUUUUUCAGCCCCGAGCAUCCUCCAUUGACUGAACCGGCCCAGAGAGCACUUGAUUGGGCUGUUGAUCAGAAACUAAAGUCAGGUGAAGAUGGGGAAGUAACAACAACGCAUCUGCUUCUUGGGAUUUGGUCGGAAGUAGAAUCAGCUGGUCACAAGAUCUUGGAAUCUCUAGGUUUUGACGAUGAGAAGGCCAAAGAACUUGGCAAAUCUAUGGACAAAGAUUAUGUUUUUAAUUUUAAGUAGGGAGGCCAAGGUGACCAUCUUGGAGAAUACUGGUGUGGUUCGUGUUCUUAUGGAACCUUCUCGAUACAAUUCCUACAGGACAUGUGCCAUUCUUCGAACAAGGAAGAUGUGCAUCUUUUUCCAUCUGAAAUGUCCUUGCGCGGCCACUGGUUUCUGAAAUGUAGUUUGUACUAGCAUUGUUUUUUGGACACCAAGAUUCAUUUUAAAGAAAGAAAUAUUCUUGAACUUAUAAAAUGAUUCUGGAGUAGAGUACUGGAGCUUGAGCAUCAAUUACACUUUUAGAUUGUGAGUAGCAAGUGAAAAGUGGGAACCAAAAACCUGUAUAAAAAGAGUGUGUUUUCCUUGUGAUGGAAUUUUCAUACUUUUGUUUCAAGUCCGUAAAAUGGUAUAGCAAGUAUCAACCACAGUUAUUACGUAUCA